AUGUCAUUCUCAGGCGCAGGUACGAGCUCGGCUGGCUUCGGCCAGUCGAGUUCAUCUCUCUUCGGCGCGCCCACAGACUCCGCCGUUCCGGCCGGUUCGGUACCCUCUUUCGGAGGCCCGACCUUCGCCUCCUCGGGUCCAUCGUUGUUCGGAGUGGCCUCGUUCGGCGGCGCCUCAUCACAGAGCCUGUUCGGCGCCCCAGCCACGGGCGGCACGAAUCUCUUCGGCGUAGCAGGAACCGGUUUCGGAGCUGCCCAAUCGAAACCGCCCGUGGCCUCCACCCCCGCGACGGGCUUUGGUGCGACGCAGUCUGCGACAGCAUCGACUUUCGGUAGUGCCCAACCGACCGCUGCUACGACCGGAUUUGCGGCGCCGCAAUCGGCUACGGCAUCCUCUACUGCUGGUCUCUUCGGUCCCCCGUCAGCCGGGAGCGCAAGUCUCUUCGGAACGCCUAGUUCUCAGUCCUCACUCUUCGGCGCUCCUCUCGCGGCUCCGGCGUCCCAGCCGGGCGCAUCACUCGGACUUGGAAUGCCCUCAGCUACAACAGCAGCAGCCAGCCUCAAUGCGUCGAAGCCGGCCGCAGCCGUUGCGGGUGCGUCGCUCUUCGGUGUUGCUUCUCAACCGGCGGCAUCAUCCGGGUACAACUUUAAUCUUUCUACUGCCCCAGCAAGCGGCACAGGUCAAGUAUCAUCGUUCGCCACUCCCACCACAGCUGCAUCGUUAGUUGGCUCUCUCCUUGGCGCAAGUAUUGCCUCGGCAAAGUCUGCUCCAGCCCCGGCAUUCUCAAACUCGACCCUCGCGCAGUCGCAAGGUAAGAAACCGACAGCAGCAGCAUUCUCAUUGUCUUUUCCUUCAGCAAACAGCGCUUCGAUGGCGGCUGGGGCAAACGCAGGGGCAGCGGUGGUACCAGGUGGCUUCAAGGCGGCCGCCGCCGUUGCUGCAUCAUCUAGCGGGUCCGUACAAUCUGUGUCAUUUGGUCUCGCGGCACCCUCUACGGCGAGCGCAGCAUCUGGACCAGGGCUGUCUGGAGUUCCAGCUUCCACCGGAGUCGCAUCCGCAGGGGAAAAGAGAGCAAGCACUAGUGCAGAAGGGGUUGACGCGCCAGGUGGAACUUCAAGCAAGGCUCCAACCGGGUUCUUGUCAGGGGCCCCUGCCUCUGCGGCAAGCGCGUCAGGCUCAGCCAGUGCUCCUAGUUUCGGGCUAGGUAGCACCAGCGGCGCCUCUUUUGGAGCUUCAUCAGCAGGAAACGCAACUGGGUCUGGGGCACUGUCAGCGAUUGGAAAGGGCGCCGCUAAAGACGCAACCGGGGCAGGGACGUCGCAAACUUCAGGGGGAGCAUUGGCAACCGCUAGCUUUGGUGUGACAGGAGCUAGUUCUGCUGCAGUUGUGGCGACGGCUUCCGCGGGAGUUUUGGCAUCGACGGCAUCAUCCGGAGCUGCAACAUCCACUUCCGCCGCAGCGAUUCCUUCAGACAUAAAAGAUCUUAGCUUGGACGAAGUUGUGAACAAGUGGACCGAGGAAGUCACAGAUCUUGCGACCCAGUUUCAGAAAGGCGCACGAAUGGUUUCAAAAUGGGAUCGUGCGAUUGUUUCGAAUGAAGACAAAAUCAACUCGCUAAAUCGCGACGCCCAAUCGGUCCAAAUCGCACACAAGGAACUCAACGAUAAUUUGGACCUCAUCUUAUCUCAACAGAACGAACUACAUUCUCUACUGGAUACGCUUCAAAUCGAUGUAGAAAGAAAAAUUGGCUCAUCUCCGUCAAAACCAGGUUCGCCUCACGGCGGACAUAGUGACACAAAACUGAGAGGCGAUAUCGAGCGUGAAUCCAUGCAUCGGAUGUCGAUCGAAGUGAUGGAAGAAUUAGAUACUAUGGCUCUUACGAUAAGGGACCUGGUGGUUGACCUGAACAAGGGAAGUGAAAUGACUGGAAGGGGCAGAGCUGGUGAUACGGUAUCCCAAAUUAUUUCAGUGUUGAAUGCGCACUUAGAUUCAUUGCAGUAUCUAGAUGAGACUUCCGGCAGUCUGCACAAGAGACUGACAGAUGUACAAAGAGCUUGCGAAGUUGCCACACGGGAAACGGAGCGUAUGUACGGGAGAAGAACUGCUGGCAUGUACUAA